CUUAGUGCUUCAUUUACUGUUUAUUACUCAAAAACAUGGAGGUGGACGACACUGAGAACGCCAAAUGCAUUGCUCUCAAUAUCAGGCUGAGGCAGUAUUAAUUCAACAUCUGUAACUGUAAUAUAGCGAUUGAAUUAGCGACCAACAGCGAGAGAAAUACAACACGUUGUACUUGAUGCAACCGAGACACUGGUGAGAAGAAAUAAUGCAAAAGAUUGUGCAAACAAAAGACGAGGGAAAGAAGCAUCAGGGCAUACUAGUCUACACAAACAUCAUGUAUAAGUAAUUGCAAUACACACUGUGGGCUUGGCUAAUAUGAUGAUCGUUAUAGAUAUACAUAGGUGCCAUGAAGAUGAUCAUUAUCUUCUUUAUACUGAAUCUGAAUCUUCUAUCAUCUACAAACUCUUAGCGAGCCCGUAACCCGCCAGGUUACCUUUGUCAGUAUAAGUAGAUCAAUCGUAGGCAACAUGGGUGAAAACGAAAAUGAUUCGCAACAUCAACAUCUGAUCGCAAUCGCUUGUACGACUAAAACGAGCGGUUAAAAGUAGAGAUGUUGUGAGUGGUUUCAAUGAACAAUAAUAACCAGGAGUGAUAUACGCCGUCGAGGACGUGCUACUACAAAGCAAGACCUAGUACGUGGCCCACAAGUUGUACAGGACUCCAGUAGUAGCACACGCUUUUCGUCGUCUCUCAAGUAGCAGUCUCGUCUCCGCGAUGACAACAGGUCGAACACCGUCUCCCGGAGCAGGUGGUGAUCCAAGGAUGCAUGGUGGAGCCCCCCAUGGGCAUCUGAGUGGCGGUGUGAUGUCACGCCCAACACCAAGUAGCUCUUCCACACAUCCUUCAAAGAACAUGAACAGUUUUGGAGGUAAAUCUACAAGUAGACGAGCGGGCGGAUAUCUUCCACCUCCUGCACCAUCAAAAACUGCAGACUUAGUGCAGUCAAAGUUGCUGGAGUUCUUUUUCGAGUGGCUGUCGAAGCCUGAAACAGCAAAUUUUCUCAAGCAGUUGGAAACAAGUACUGGCGUUAAGGCUUUGGAUUAGAUUAUCUCAUGGAUGCUACGAUCAAUCAAAUACCUAUUUGGGAGGAUCAAGAACAUCAGGAGCCCCCACCGCCACCAGGGUAUCUAUUGCUUUUAUUUGAGAUGGUGGUCUUGGCGGCGCGAGUGAGAGUCAUGCUUUUUGCUAUGAUUUCGGACGUUUUGGCGGACAGUGGAAGACCAGCAAGCCAUUCGGCAGCAGAAGGGCCUCUCUGCGUCUCAGGAGGGUCGAACCUGCUCAUCUCUGUUUCUGGAGGAUCUGUAGUUCUUCUAACAUAGAAGCAAUUGGAGAUACUGGCACAGGAUCCUUUGCAGGGGCUAAAACCGCAAGCAACCAACAGCACAACUACGGCGUUAGCAAGCCAUUAUUACCGGAUAGUCACGUGAACAAAGUACUACAACUAGCUUCGCUUUCGCACUUCUCGUGAAGUCGAAUUGGAAUUCGAAUUUGAAUUCGAAUUUCAUCUUUCUUCUUGAUGUUGGUAGGUACAACGAGGACCACUCAUACGCGUACAUAUUGCAUACAGUCUAUGAUUUACAAAAUCAAACAAAUGGAAAAGUUUGUCCAGUUACAGUUACACACUCAUCCACUAUCAACAUCAAUAUCAGCAUCCACCUGGAUCUAGCCCACCUCCGACAUCAUCAAUAGCGCGCUCGCCAACCUCAGAGCAAGUCCAAAGCCCUCCUGCGUCGCCACAAAAGAAAAGGAUCUCACCAGAGAAACAGUACAAUGAGUUAUGGUCGUUGUGAAUUGGAUUUGGACCUAGAAGUGGAGUGUGACUGUGAACACGAGGACUAGAAGCUAUUAUUUUUGCAUCUACUUUAUCCGGUAGUAGAUGAGUUACAACUAUUUCCCCCGGAUGAUUACAUACAGUCACUGAUACUCUCACUUGCGCUUUUGUCGUUGUUAACGAAAUAGAAAGCCAUGCGAGAGCAGAAGCAGGACCCCGACCCAUAAUAGAACUUUUUAAAAAUAGAAAUUAAGUAUGAUAAGGUGGAUUGGUGUUACUCAGCUCUAACCAAAGGCUGGGCCGUGCGACCAACACCGAUUGUAGAGCAAGUAGAUCCCGGACCGGGCAAUGCAGGAGGUGUAGAGCCAUCUUCAAGUGGUGUCGGGAGUCCUGACGGUGCACAACAAAACGAACAAUGGCCGAUAGGCAAUGCCGGAUCCCUAGUGGAAGGCGGUAGAUAUUAUUUUUUCUAUUUAUUUCUUGAUGGCUCCUUCUUAUUUGCAAUGUCUUGUACAAGUAGGGCUCAACAGCUCCUCCGACCUUCUUAUUUGCAAUGUCUUGCACUAGUAGGGCUCAAUAGUUUCAUUAGGCAGCUAGGUAAAUUUCCAAGGUACGAUCACUAGUUCCCACAUCUAGGUAGCAGCAGUAGCAGCGCUCGAGAUCGGAGUUCUUGGGGUCGGAGUUCGUCUUGCUUAUUGGAGAACACUGUGGCUGGCCGCUUUCGAGAAGGAGACGCGCAGUUAGUCCGCUUUUACGAACCUCGCAAACAAGAACCUUCUGCCUUGAGUCCAGAGCAACGACAGUUACUGCGAGAGGUGUGUCAGGAACAUAUCUGGCCAGGGGGAACAGCGGCAUCGGGUGAUUAAGGACAUUUGGUGAUGUUGGUGUAGUAGUGCUCCACAAAAGUUCAUAUCCAUAUCAUUGAGUUCCGUAUUUCACAACAAGACUAAGUCCUUGGACGAGGAGACUUCUGGACAAUCUCAAAGAAAAUUCAGCAAGCUGUCUUUAUCCUUAAUGAGAAGAAAAAGAGCGUCCUCCUCUGGAAACUACUACCCUGAAAAUCAAACCAAUACCUUCUCGAAAAGAGCGUCCUCUGGAAACUACUACCCUGAAAAUCAAGCCAAUACCUUCUCGAACUCCUCAAGAAGAAGAGCCACCUCAAUAUCUACCACAAGCACAACACCCCCUCUCUAAUACAUAGUCUUGACAAAGGCUGAUGAUCUAGUCCCAUUUUUGCAGAAAUUCCUGAAACUAUCAAAGUAUUUGGCACAAAGGGUCUGGAGACAGCUGUGCGCUAUAGCACCACCAGAAUGUCGGACACCACUGUCGUCUCAAGGAGGACUUAUGGAUGGCUUAUUGGGUCGUUUCCGUUCGAUGACAACAUCUGCAUCUCUCUUGAAAAUUUUAGCACGAAGAAGAACAUCAAGACAACACGACACUCACACAGCAAUUUUGCAUCUGCAAGACUCCUUCUGCAAGGACCACCGCUACCUCUAAAAAUCAAUCUCCUCCCACCGCAGCGGAAGAUGGCAGAAAGAUGGAGGAAGCGGAACAAGAAGCUUUUGUUAAGGCUCAGCUUUCAAUGGUCACCAUUGAGAUUGGGGUCACUGAGGUCCCUCUUGAGAGAACAGGGGAAAAUGAAGGAAAAGCAAAGGGAGAGGCAUGGGGCCCAUUUCUUUCAGAGUCAGUGACCAUUGAAUGCUGAGCUUUAAUUUUGCUUACCAGAUACCUCUCGAAGUGUUGGAGGAUUACUGUUCCAAGUAUUGCGACCCAGACGACCCAGACCUCACCUUCUUCUACAUCGCAAAGUCUGAGCGGCACAAUUACCUGACGAAGGCGGACUUCAGAGAGCUCAUAGACACCGUUCUGGAGGAACAUCCGGGCUUGGACUUUCUCAAAGUACUACUGACGGACAACGUUCAACAUCAUACAUGAAGAUAUUCUUUUUCUUCUUGAACAAACUCGAAGGUGCAAAAAAAACAACAUAAUCACCUUUUUUUUUAGGGCACUCGCGAGUUCCAGGAGAAGUACGCGGAUACCGUGAUAGCACGGAUAUUCUUCACCAUAAACUAUCGCGACGACGGUCGUAUACCGCUGUCCGAUUUGAGACGGAGGAAACCGAGUAUAGUCGAAACCUGGACCGAUCUCGACCAUAUAGAAGACAUGAUUAUGGCUAAGUCGUGUUGAGCAUUGUACUAGUGAACAAACUGAAAGGAUGCUGUCGUUAGAAGAAGACGGAUGCUACUGGUACCUAGUUGUAGGCCGAUGCUCGUACAACUAAGUAGAGGACUUGGAGUAAAAGUGAAAGCUCACAUGAUCAACAAAUACAGAUAUUCCAAAAAGUCUUCGAGAAUGGGAAAAAAGUCCAAAAGUCCGAUUACUUUUACUAUGUAACAACUACAAGCCAAUUAAAAUCAUCAACUCUAACAGAAAGAUGGUCCGGAAAUAUUUCUCGUACGAGCAUUUUUACGUCAUCUAUUGCACUUUCUGGGAACUGGAUAACGAUCACGACUGCUUACUGGACAAAGACGACAUACUCAAAUAUGACACGCAUGCUUUGUCAAGAAAAGCCGCCGAUCGAAUCUUCGCUGAGAUACCGAGAAAGUAGUUUUGUCUCUAGACUUGCUGUUGAUUCAUCUGUGUAUGACGAGUAUGAGAUGAGAAUGAUGAUUGAGCUGUUUAUUGAGAGUACGAUACUCGUGGAAGCUUCUUGUCUACUUGCUUCAAUUGAUGAGGACUUGGGUACGAAAGAUAGUACUCGUCGAAGCUUGUCUACCUGCAUCAACUGAGGACAUGCACCUUCCUUUGAACUUGUUCUCAAACACCAACCUCUUGCCAGGCAUAUCAAUCAAUCAAUCAAUCAACUUACUACUACAUAUAUAUCAAUCAGUUUACUACUACUACUACUACUUCAAGGUUCACCUCCGGUCAUGAAGGACGAAUGUGCUACGAAGAUUUCAUUUAUUUCCUGCUGUGCGACCAGGACAGACUGCAGGACAGGAGUCUGGCUUAUUGGUUCACGGUGAUGGAUCUAGAUAGCGAUGGUUUCAUCCGCCCAUGGGAGAUGUGGCAUUUUUUCGAAGAACAGGCACAGAGUUAAGCAUCAAGAGUAGGAUGGCUUGAUGUAGUACUCGUUCUUGUCGAAAGACUACUAAAACUAGAUGGAAACGCCUUUCCUAUUUUCAAGCUUUUCAGAUGGGAAUAAAGUCUGAUGAAGAAAGGGAAAGACGAUGUUUGUAGAGCAGUGCCACUUUUUCCGCGUCAGCGUAGCUGCACGGUAGAUAAAAAAAAUUGAAAUUCAACAUCUAGCUCAAAACCACCUCCACCAACAACAAUGCUCCACCUCUAACAAGCGUUAAAUUUCCUGCAAUACGACACGAUACAUUUCGAGGAUAUAGCCUGUCAGGUCUCAGACAUGAUGCAGGGACGUGUGAAGGAGUUUGUACUGGACAAACAAGGCCACCUAAAACCGGAAUUUGAGGACUUAAAACAAAAAACUCCAGCAUUCGGAAAUGUGCCAUUAUGAAGCGAUGAUGACCUGGUAGUGUGAAUUAUAACAAGAAGGGAACUACGUCGACCACUGACGAUGGUUUCUAUGUGAAUUAUAACAAGAAGGGAACUACGUCGACCACUGACUCUUCUUCAUCGAUCGAUCAUACAAGAACCGCACCACUCUUCUUGUACACUGAUAAGUGAACAGGCCAACGCCUAAACGAAAAAGCCAACUGCGCCGCUGGUGGCUUAGGCGUUGGCCUGUUCACUUAUCAAUCUUCUCAGUCUAGGAUCAUCAUCGGCCUGUUCUAACAGUCGGCUCCUCCACCUCUCCCACAACUUUCGGCACCAUCCAAAAAAGCAACGAGGCGUAUUGGGGCAGUGCGUAUUCAUUGGGGGAUUUUCUCAGGUCAAAGAAGGCUGCAAGCGCGUUUUUUUCGACUUUUAUAAGUUUGCAGAAGUUCUUAGCGUGGGAACACAGGGAUCCUUUCCAAAUGCACCAAGCUACCACAGAUACGCCCCAUUUGUCGGACUGGGACAGGUAUAUUUGAAUUGGUUUUCUACUAUAAUGAAGGUGUGGUAGAAGAAUGUGUUCAUCUGUUUGAUGGUGGUGAUGGUGUCGUGAAGUAGAUACCCCGUCCCCGUUGAUACAUUAUGUAUUUUCUGCGAGGACGAGGAUGAUGAUGCUGUUCUGCGUUCUGUUUGAUAGUGUCCUCAAGUUCUCCCGUUCAUACUACAGAUAAUGUUGUUCUUUAUCUGUAUCGCAUUCGGUGAAAAGAUGUUCUUGAACACACCAAAUAAGGUGGUGCCAGCACGAGUACGGAAGACUUGCAGUCGACGAAGCAGAGGAAGGAGAGGAGCAUUACGAGGCAAACGAGUAUUAAGGCGUAUACUUCUGUAACUGUAUGUAUACUUAAUCCGCACCGCGCUGUAAAUUCCUACUUUUUACCAUGACUGAGUUCACCUCUGUGUAAGUUUUGCUUCGUAAACGGCCAGUAAAAGCCGACCCUGAAGUAUGUGACCAUGACCACCUUCUCCUGAAGAUGCUGGAGGUUGUCGAGAACGAGAAAGAGAAUGACCUUCUAAGUGGGGUUUGCCACUAGCUGAACGCUUGUUGACUAUAAGUAUGUUACUUAGGAGCUAGUUCUCUACCUCUAGAACGUCUAUGUAAUACAGUUCUUCCGUAGGUGAUCGAGUAAGGAUCGCAACACGGAACGGACGCAUGGCGUGACCUUCUAAGUACUUAGAAAAUGAUUCAUGACAGGAAAGAAUAUCGAACUACAUUCAUGACAGGAUAUCAUUAGAAAAUGAUUCAUGACAGGAUUUCAUUUACAACAAAUAAGCAGACGUACUAGAUGAGCUCCUCUAAUAACACGUAGUGGACGAAAGUGCUGGCAUCGCAAGUGUUGAGCAAGAAGCCGUUGCUGACGGAAAUGGGGAUGGUGCUGAAGGAGGUGGCGGUCUCUCUUCUGGUGGGGGAGGAGAAGACGGUGGAUCGAUAACGUGAUGUUAGAAAAAAAGAACGCAGCACUUCACUUCUGCAUGUACUUUCGCAUCUAGUUGUACAUCAUCUACUUCUAGAAGAAAUUAAAGAGCAUAAGGAGCGUUGCAGUAGACUGAAUUCAGACUCCGACUCAGAAAUUAAAACUUAUACUACUUGACGUUGAAUCUUCAAGUCCGGGAUCAGGCUUGUGAUCCAAUGAGUACUUCGACUUCUUAGCAUGAUAAUUUGAAUUUCUCUGUCCUUUUUUUGUACAUUUUCCUAGUUAAUAGCAGGGCUCGUCCACUACAAGUACAAAUUAAGAGUUGUACUACGAACUUACGCAUUCGCAUACGAACACUCACAACCCCGUGGCCGAGGUAGCCACCUUUUUGCCCAUUUACUGCAUCCAAAUAAGGAGUAGGAGUUUAUGAUUCACACCAGCCUUUAGUUCAUCCGGAAAAGAAGUUCUUUCUGCUUUUUUUUCGAAACUUUGUCCAAUGUUGAUUGACAUGGAACAGACUUUUUUUCGUAAGUAGCACAACGGCAUCAAGCAAUAUGUCAACCUGC